CUUAGGAACUGAUAGGCGCUUCUGAAUAACAUGCAUUAAGACCGCCGGUCAUCUAUUAAUCGUUCUAUAGCCCUGACUUGAUUCAUAUUGACAAUGUUUUCACCUCCUCGUUUAUGAGCAAUAUUUAGAUGUUCCUAAUGCUGACCUAAUAAUCUAAAUAGUAUGUGAUGAAAUGACCCGGCUCUGUGGUAUAGUGUGGCUUGGAAAUGCCUAAGAUGAGUAGAAAAGAUAUCAAAGAUCCCAGCGGCAAGGUUGUAAUGCAGGUGGUGGAAUAUGACGGGUUCCUGUUUCCUGUUAGCGUCAUGGGGGGCAUAGUGGAACAACUGAAACAGUUAAAUGAUAUGCCAUUCAAAAACAGCGAUGUCUGUGUUGUUUCAUAUCCCAAAUCUGGGACGCAUUGGUGCUAUGAAGUGGUGGACAUGUUACGAAAUAAGUCUUCGGAGUAUCACGACAAAGUGCCCCCACUCAUCGAAAUGUUCCCCGUAGAGAAACUCAAGCAGGUGACAGAUGGUGUUUAUGUGUCCCAUUUGGUACCUCGACACAUGCCAAAAGACUUCAUGGACAAGCAGUGUAAAAUCGUCAACAUCUACAGAAAUCCAAAAGACGUCUGUGUGUCUAUGUUUAAUUUCAUCAAGAAGACAAAAGUUGGAGAAUUGAUGAAAGACAUGGAAUUUGACGUCUUCUUCGAUAUGUACAUCACUGGACAACUUACUGGCGGUUCUUGGGCAGGAUAUGUCAAAGAAUGGACCGAUUUUGAGGAAAAAAAUCCCUCUUACCCUCUCUUAAAUCUCUGCUACGAAGACAUGAAAAAGGACCUUAAAACACACGUAAAAAAGAUUGCCGACUUCCUGAAACUAGACACAAGUGACGAACUGAUCAGUGAAAUUGCGAAUAAGUGUGAGUUUAAGGCAAUGUCGGCUUAUAAGAACAGCAACAUCCCCGCGGCUAUGAGCAGGGUGACUGAUGUAAAAGACAAACAUAUAAUGUACAGAAAAGGAGAAGCUGGAGAUUGGAAGAAUUGGCUGAAGGUUGCUCAAAGUGAGGCAAUGGAUGCAGCGAUUGAGUCCGCAAAGAUCCCCCUGGAAAUCAAGUACACCUAAAGAACUAUCACAGUAAGAUGUUGGAUGAAGACACAAUCAAAUACAUUUAGAGAACAGUGAGACAUUGCAUGGACUUAAGACAGGAAGAGAUAGAGGGAAGAGUGAUGUGAAUCAACAAUUAGCAUAAUGUCUUACAAUUACAUGUACCAUAGAGAUAAGAGGAACACACGUGACAUUUAUCAUUUUCCAUGGUUUGAAAUGUAUCUUUAUUUUUGUAUGGUAUAAUUUCAUUGUAACGUUUAAGUCAGGUUAUUAAUAGAAGGGAUCCUUUGUUUGGUGCUAGAAUUCAAUGUAAAUUUUCUAAAUGUAUUGUGCAAUAUAUCCCAACUCAAGUACUUGUUGAUUGGUUUACAUAGAUAUAGUUAUUGAUAAUACAUGUAUAUUUCAAUAAACAUUUUUUAAAAUAA